UCCUUUUCAUUUUAGAAUGGCCAGAGUUUCUUGGUGUUGGAUGAACAGAGAUUUGCAAAAGAGAUUCUUCCCAAGUAUUUCAAGCACAACAACAUGGCAAGCUUUGUCAGACAAUUGAACAUGUAUGGCUUCCGUAAAGUUGUCCAUGUUGAUUCUGGGAUUGUCAAACUGGAGCGAGAUGGCCCAAUAGAGUUUCAGCACCCAUAUUUUAAGCAGGGCCGGGAGGACCUGUUGGAACAGAUUAAAAGGAAGGUUUCUUCAAGACCUGAAGAAAAUAAGAUUCGUCAGGAAGAUCUUUCCAAAAUCAUAAGCAGUGCUCAGAAAGUGCAGAUUAAACAAGAGACUAUUGAAAAUCGAUUGUCUGCUUUAGAGAGAGAGAAUGAAUCUCUUUGGAGGGAAGUGGCAGAGCUGAGAGCAAAACACUUGCAACAACAGCAAGUUAUUCGGAAGAUUGUGCAAUUUAUUGUUACCUUGGUGCAGAAUAACCAACUAGUGAGCCUGAAGCGUAAGAGGCCUCUACUUCUGAACACUAAUGGACCUGCAAAGUCAAAUGUAUUUCAACAAAUUGUCAAAGAACCAGCUGACAGUAGCCAUCACGUGCCUCUUAACAGACCUGAGGGCUUAAAACAAAGGGAGCAGAUUUCAGAUGAUAUCAUUAUCUAUGAUGUCACUGAAGAUGUGGGUGAUGAAGAAAACACCAUGGGUAAUGAAGAAAAUCCUCCUAUUACACCAGAAACAAAUGAAGAUACCACUUCAGAUUCUUCCAACUGUAGUAAUUCUCCUGAUAUUGUAAUUGUGGAAGAUGAUAACGAGGAAGACUAUGCUCCUGUAAUUCAGGAGGAUAAAAGCACGGAAUCGGUUGCUCUCCCAGCUAACGAUCCCCUCAGCCCUAUCAGUGACAUUACAAGUCCGCUCAUGUCAAGUGCUGUGCAGCUGAAUAACCAGUCAACUUUAACUGCUGAAGAUCCAGUCUCAAUGAUGGAUUCCAUACUCAGUGAGAAUGGAGUAAUUUCGCAGAACAUAAAUCUUCUUGGAAAAGUUGAACUCCUGGAUUAUCUUGACAGUAUCGACUGCAGUUUAGAGGACUUCCAGGCUAUGUUAUCAGGACGACAGUUCAGCAUAGAUCCAGAUCUUCUGGUUGAUCUUUUUACAAGCUCUGUGCAGAUGAACCCAACAGAUCAUAUCACUAAUACUAAAAUGGAGCCAAAGGGAAUAGAAACUGUUCAGAAUAAUGCUGGUCCAGCUGCUUCACAAGAAUCACAAGUUUCUAAGCCCAAAUCAGAUAAACAACUCAUACAGUACACUGCAUUUCCACUCCUUGCAUUCCUUGAUGGGAACCCAGGCUCCACUGCUGAGAGUGGAAGCUCCACAACAGAAAUUGCUUCCUCUGUUGACAAACACCUGGAAGUAGAUGAGCUCCUGGAGAGCAGUCUGGAUCCUGCACCAACUCAGAGCAAAUUAGUGCGGCUGGAGCCGCUGACAGAGGCAGAAGCAAGUGAAGCCACGCUGUUCUAUUUAUGUGAACUGGCUCCAGCCCCCAUGGACACAGACAUGCCAUUCUUGGAUAACUAAUAUAAUGGAGACUCUGUAUAUAGUCAUGAAGAUGAACUAUUUAUUUAGAAGAUUGUUUGGUAUAUGCGUUUUUUGUAAAUCACUCUGUUCUAUGUAACCAGAUAAUGUUGAAUCUAAAACAUCUUUUCCUAUCUUCCUUCCUACAAGCAGUUGUUUAACUAUAGAGUUAGUUAGACGAGCUAUUAGACAUGGUUGGCAAUACCAAGUCAGACUGUUACCAUACUUAACUACUGUCAAAUACUUGGAAUUAUACAUAUCUCUGAAUAUCCAGGGUACCCAAACACUUGUUUUGUUAAUAGUAAGCUUAUACUUCUCGUCUUAUGUAUGAUGAAGUAAACUAGUAGUGUAUGGUUAGGGAAGCACUGACGUUCUGUAUUUCGAGUUUUUUCUAUUUUUUACAACAGUUUGUUUAAUAAACAUGAGGCUUUUUUGGGGUGGGAGGGGACCAGGACCUGAUGUAGGCUUUUUUCUUCCCUGCUUGAACUGGGAACAAAGUGCCUGUACCUUGCUGAAUCUUGGUUCUGCCUUACUUUCACUGUUGUGGAAGUGCUUAUUAAUAGCACAAACGGGGGAAAAGUCUUUACAGUCACCAAGCUCGUUGACUGCAUGAGUACUUGGACCAUCUACUCUGAUAAAAAUAAACGUUACUUAAGUGUGAUAUUUGC